AUGGCUGCACUGAAAGUCAACCCAAAGUAUAAGCCUCGUGAAGGCCCCGUUGUAGUUGUCAUUCUUGACGGCUUUGGUAUCGAUAAGGCUGGUCCUGGUAAUUGCGUGACCUUGGCUAACCCACCAACCUACAACCGCAUGUUGGAAGAAGCAAAGAAGGAGAACAUGCACGUCAUCAUUAAAGCCAAUGGACCAUAUGUUGGACUUCCAACCGAUGCCGAUAUGGGCAAUUCAGAGGUCGGACACAACGCAUUAGGUGCUGGUCAGAUCUACUCGCAGGGAACCAAAUUAGUUGAAGAGUCGAUUGAGUCUGGUCGAUUCUUCGAGACUGAAAACUGGAAGAACGUCGUCGGCAAAGCCACCGAAGAAGGAAAGACUGUUCACUUCAUUGGAUUGUUGUCUGAUGGUAACGUUCACUCGAACACCACACAGCUCUUCCAGAUGAUGGACGGUGUUGUUAAGAGUGGAGGAAAGAAGAUACGAGUCCACCCAUUACUUGAUGGCAGAGAUGUUGCUCCCGAUUCCGGAUUAUUCUACCUUGAAAAAUUAGAGAAGAAGUUGGCUGAAUUACAAGGCAAAGGUAUUGAUGCUAAGAUUGCUUCAGGAGGAGGAAGAAUGCAUAUUACUAUGGACAGAUAUGAGGCAGACUGGGCUAUGGUCGAAAGAGGAUGGAUGACCCAUGUCAGAGGUAUGGUCCCACCAUGUGAUAUUACUCCAGAAUACACUGGAUACUAUCACUCUGCUAAAGAAGCUGUUGAAUUGGCAAGAAAGUUGUUCCCAAAGAAGCUUGAUCAGUUCAAUCCAGCUUUUGUCAUUGUCGACGAACAAGGAAAACCAAUUGGAAAGAUUCAAGACGGUGAUGCUGUCAUCGACUUUAACUUCAGAGGUGAUAGAGCGAUUGAAAUCUCUAAGGCGUUCACUCUUCCUAACGAACAAUUCAAAUACUUUGACAGAAUCGAAUUCCCAACUGUCAGAUACGCUGGUCUUCUGGAGUACGACUCAGACAACCAUAUCCCACCAAACUUCUUGUGUGCCCCACCAGAUAUCAAACACGUUUCUUCAGAGUACUUAGUUCACGCUGGCGUGAAGUGUUAUGCUAUUGCUGAGACUCAUAAGUAUGGACAUGUCACUUACUUCUGGAACGGAAACAAGACUGGUUACUUUGACGACAAACUCGAGUUGUACGAACAAAUCAAAUCCCUUUCGAACGAUUUGACUGAGAGCAACCCCGAGAUGAAAGCACAAGAAGUUUGUGAUCGAUUGGUCCAGAGAUUGAAAGAGAAACAAUAUAAGUACUACAGAGUCAACUUCGCCAACCCAGACAUGGUCGGACACACUGGAAAUAUCGAAUCGGGUGUUAAGGCCGUUUUGAAGUGCGAUGAAUGCUUGAAAACACUUGAACAAACAAUUAAAGAACUUGGUGGUGUCAUGAUUGUCACUGCCGAUCAUGGCAAUGUCGAAACUAUGUUGGACGCUCAAGGAAAAGCUAUGACCUCUCACACAUGCAACCCAGUCAACUUGUUCAUUAGAGACUUCGACUAUAAGGGAGACUACGUCAUCGACACUUCAGUCGAACACCCGGGACUCGCUAACGUCACUGCUACUUACAUCAACUUGCUCGGUUUCGAAACUCCAGAGAUGUACAAACCAUCUCUUAUCAAAUUCCUUUAA